AUGUCCGGCCUCACCGAAUCCCAAGUCGCCUCCUUCCGCGAAAACGGGUACCUAGUACUCCCAGACUAUCUCACCCCAACAGAAACAAACACCCUAAUAACAGAAACAAACAACCUCCUCCGCGACUUCCCGCUAGACACCCACCCCCUAACGCAAUUCACAACGGGCGAUGGCAUAGACGAAAGCACCAAUCACGUCGGCGACGACUACUUCCUAAACUCAGGCGACAAGAUCCGCUUCUUCUUCGAGCCCGACGCCUUCAGCACAAAACCCGACCCUGUAACCGGCCGUGCAGCACUUCUAAAACCGAAGAAUCUUGCCGUUAACAAAAUCGGGCAUUCUCUACACACUUUAUCGCCGCCUUUCAAGGCCGUCUCACUCAAUGAGCGCAAUGCUGCCGUUGCGAAGUCGCUAGGCUUUGCGGACCCGCGCGUGCUGCAGUCUAUGGUUAUUCUCAAACAACCUUCUAUUGGUGGUGCGGUUCCUUCGCAUCGGGAUUCUGAAUUCUUAUAUACGGAUCCUCCUUCGGCGGUUGGGUGGUGGUAUGCGUUGCAAGAUGCAAGCCCGAAGAAUGGUACGCUGGGGAUGUGGAAGGGUUCGCAUACCGGGCGGAAGGGGGGUCAUAUUAAGCGGCGAUUUGUGAGGAAGGGGGAUGGGGGCACGGAGUUUAUUGAGAACGCUGGUCCUGCAUUGCCGAGGGGGAUGGAGGAGGAGAAGGUUUCUGAGCCUUCUGAUGAGGAUUUGGAGAUUUUGGACAUUAAGGCUGGGUCUUUGGUGCUUAUUCAUGGGAACGUGUUGCAUAAGAGUGAGAAGAAUACUAGUGACCGGAGUCGGUUUGCUUAUACUUUUCAUGUUAUUGAGGGUGGGGAGGGGUGGGAAUAUGAUGAGCGGAAUUGGUUGCAGCCUCCUGCUGGGGGUUUUUCGAAAUUGGAGACUUGUGUUUAG